AUGCCCGGCACCAUGACAAACAAAAUAGGAGAGAAGACUCAGUCCAAGAACCCAGACUCCACCGAUGCUGCAGUCGGUGUCGUUGAGAGAGGCGGUGACAUUGCCGCGCACCUUGUCGACCAAUUCGCCAAUGAGCCGGACUACGAUCGGCAAGAGGAAGUCAAGCUACGGUGGAAAAUUGAUCUCCGACUCGUGCCCAUGCUAUGGCUCAACAUCACCUUCCCGGCAAUGGACAAAGUCACCCCGUCCACGGGUGCCCUGUACGGGAUGCGCGACGACUUGGGGUUGAAAGGAGAUCAACACGCUUGGGACGUCCUCCCUCUCGUCACGCACGUCUUACUCGGUGCCCUUGAGGCCCCCGUCGCGCCAGGGAACUUUAUUAUCAUGACGAUGUGGUAUACACGCCGAGAACAGCCCGUCCGCGUGGGGUUAUUCUACACGGGCCUCUCGACCAUCAUCACGGGGGCGAUAGGCUGGGCUGUGGGAAUUUCGAUUGCGUAUGGUGUGGUGGCGGGUGUGUUGUUACCGGAUAAUCCCGUCUCUGUGAAAUUAAUCUCGGAUAAGGAGAGGUUUGUGACCGUGGAGCGGUUGCGUGGUGAUCAGCUGGGUAUUGAGAAGAAGACGUUUUCGAGGCGGCAGUCUGGUGGGACGUUGGUUGAUCCGAAGACGUGGCUCAUGUUUGCUUUCAGUGUCUGGAUUUCUAUCCCGAACAGAGGGUUGACGAUGAUUGUUAGUGUGCCUGGGUUCUCGCUGCUUACGGGGGUUUUGCAGACUUUGAGUGGCUAUAUUUGUAACUUUGAGGUGUUUUGGUGCGUGAGAAGAUUUGGGAAGGGAGUGCAAGUGAGAGGGUUGGUUGUGGUUUGUGGGUUGGUUGUUGGGAUGGUUGCUAUCGUUUUGUUGUAUACUUUGCCGGUUGAUGAUUACUCGGCGAGGCUGUGGGCCUUGUGUUGGUCUCAUUUCUAUCUUGGGCUGUAUAUCGUUGGCCUGGACAUGCAUAGUGCCAACACGGCAGGCCACAACAAAAAGGUCACGACGAACGCCAUUGUCUUUGUGACAUAUUGCAUCAGCAACAUCAUCGGCCCCCAAUUCUUCAAGGCGGCUCAGGCCCCGCUUUAUCUGCUUGGCACGGGCGCCAGGCCGGUCUCGUACGCCACGAGCAUUUUCACGAUGGGGUUUUAUAUGCUGUACUGUUGGAGUGAGAACCGAAGGAGAGACCGAGUGGAUGCUGCGAGGAGAGGUGACCGAGUACACUUGGAUUCGGACUUCAGAGACUUGACGGACCGAGAGAACGUGCAUUUCCGGAAUCUUUGGUAG